AUGGACGACGAGGGCCAGAUGGUCAUGCGCAAGAACAAGGAAUUUCUCAAGAGCAAAAAGGUCUACCAGCUCAACCAGCUCGACCGCUUCCAUCGGCGCAAGGCCCAUCUGCAUCCGAACUCGAGCUUCCGUGCUGGCUGGGACAUUUACAUGAUUUUCCUCCUCAUGUGGACGUCGCUCGUCGUGCCGUACGAGAUUGCCUUUGUGACGACGGACGCCAUCAAUGCGCUCUUCGUCCUCGAUCGCAUCGUCGACCUGUCGUUUCUGACCGACAUGAUCUUCAACUUUAUGACCCCGUACGUCGACAAGGAGACCAACCAGCUCGUCGAAGACCCGUCCAUGAUCAUCUCGCACUACGCUCGCGGAUGGUUUCUGGCCGACUUUGUUUCGAUUCUGCCGUUCGAUUUCGUGGGCAUGUUUCUCGGCACGGACAGCUCCUCGUCCAACUUGAAGACGCUCAAGAUCAUUCGCGUCAUUCGGCUUUUCCGCCUCGUCAAACUCGCCCGGGUCUUCCGCGCAUCCCGCAUUUACUCGCGCUGGGAAGCCAUCCUCGGGUUCAAGUACACCAGCGUCAAGCUCGCCAAGUUUCUAAGCAGUGUGCUCAUGCUCGCGCACUGGCUCGCGUGCUUGUGGGGGCUCACGCCGCAGCUCGAGGCGGUCGCGGACGGCGCCGAGAACUGGCAGUCGGCGUACCACAUCGCGAGCGCGGACGAGUCGACCAAGUACAUUGUGUCGCUCUACUGGUCGGUCAUGACGAUCGGCACGGUGGGGUACGGCGACGUGCAGCCAAAGACCGACUUUGAGCGCGUCGUGUGCAUCAUGUGCAUGCUAGCAGGCGGUGGCACGUACGCUUACAUCAUUGGUGCCGUGUGUGGCCUCGUGGCCGCCAUGGACGAGUCCGAGACCGAGUUCAACCAGCAAAUGGACCACCUGAAUGUCUAUAUGAAGAAGGAAAAGGUGCCGCAAGCCAUGAAGAUCAAGCUCCGCGAGUACUUUCUACACAGCCGCGACCUGCUCCAGCACAAGUACUUUAGCCACGUCAUUGCAACGCUGUCGCCGGGCCUCCGCGGGCUCAUUUCCGUCUACACCAACGGCGAGUGGACCAACAACGUCCACUUUUUCAACGGCGGCCCGUACGACGAACACGUUCGGUUUGUCACGGCGAUCACGCAAAAGCUCCGCGCCGAGCUCUUUCCGCCCAAUGAAAACAUCAUCCACCACGGCGACCCAACCGACAAGAUGUACAUCGUCUCGAAAGGCAUCGUCGCACGCCUCGGGCGCGUCCUUGGGAAAGGACGCUUCUUUGGCGAAGACGUCAUCUUGUGCCACGGCGUGCGCAACUACGUGGUGCGCACGCUCACGUACGUCGACGCGUACUCGCUUUCGCGCGACGACCUCGAAGCCGUGCUCGCCAACGGCCUUUUUCCGUUCAAGGCCAAGAAAAUCCGCGUCGCGGCCGCCUUCUUGGCGCUGCGCCGGCUCAUGCAAAGCAUGCUCCACGAGCUCCGCGAAGUGCGACGGACGCGCGCGGUACCCCGGGACGCCGAGCAUGCCUGGAUGCGCCGCAACCUCCUCGGCGACCCGGACGAGCUCGACGACGAGGUGCGGCGUCACUUGCAAAUUGCCAUCGACCAGCUCCGCCGCGCGAUGCGGCACUGCACCGACGUGAUUGACGAAGGCCGCACCGCCGCGGCCAAGAACGCACCACUGGUCGCGGCGCACAACCGCGGCAUUUCCAUCGAGACGGCGCAGCAUUUGCUUGGGAACGCGACGACACUUCUCGAAGCGCUGCUCGCGGCCAAGGCCAAGCCGUCCCCACAUACGAGUAGCAACGCAUAGUUUGGACACGUUGUCAUGUGGUACAAUACGAC